AUCUACAUAGAUCUGAAAGGGUUCAGAAAAGCCACGCAUUCCAUUGUGAAUUGGCGGCGUUGGCUGGUUGACAUUUUGUAGUGAUGACAGCUGUCAGCCGGUAGAGUGUGAUGACAAUUGCGGGUUGGCGCUUCUAAAGUCGUAUUUGAAGAAUCCUACUGAACAAAAACUCCAAAAUGGUGAGCGAAAACAUUGACGAACCCGAGUAUCUUCGAAAAAUGUUUAUUGGUCGGCUCAGCUUUGAAACCACCGAUGAAACCUUCAAAGAUUACUUUGGCAAAUUCGGAAAUAUUGUGGAUGCUAUUGUGAUGAAAGAUGGCAAAACGAAAAAAUCACGUGGCUUCGGUUUCGUCACGUUCUCCAACUCGAGCAUGGUUGAUGCAGUGCAAAAAGCCCGCCCUCAUGAAAUCGAUGGACGCACCCUUGAAACAAAACGAGCGGUGCCGCGUGAAGAUGUUGAUCGUCCUGAUCUCGGCUCCACCUCGAAAAAAAUCUACAUUGGCAAUUUAGCUCCAGAACACGACGAAGAUGGCCUGCGCGAAUAUUUUGAAAAAUUCGGAACUAUCGAAAAAGUGAAUAUAGUCACCAGCAAAGAAGGCAAGGGUCGCCGCUAUGGAUUCGUUGAAUUUGAUGAUUAUGAUCCCGUUGACAAAAUUAUUUUGGGGAAGGAGCACGAAAUCAAUGGCAAAUCUGUAAAUGUUCGAAAAUCGUACCCGAAAGAGAAUCAGCAGGGCGGCGGCGGGCGAGGAGGCAACGCGCGAUUUGGCAACGGCAAUCAACGGGGUAACAACAAUUUCGGUGGCGGCUUCGGUAACUUUGGAGGUGGAAACAAUUGGGGCAACAACUCAUUCGGUGGUAACCAAGGAGGUGGUAAUUGGGGAAACCGCCCUGGCGGCUUCGGUGGUAACCAAGGCGGAAACUUUGGCGGUGGUGGUGGCUUCGGAAACAGUUUCGGAGGUGGAAAUUGGAAUGGCGGUGGCAAUUUCGGGGGCCGCAAUCAGGGCAGAAGCGGCCCAGCACGCAAUCCAGGCAAAGGGGGCAAUCGCAACCAGCCGUAUCGUAAUAGGAGAAUCUAAACAUGCAUACAAAAAGUACUUUUAUAAGAUUUAACUAACAUUUUGCGAUGUACAUUUCAGUUUCUUUUUUAAUAAAUACAACAGUACAUAACAGCCAUUCUUGACUUCUCCAUUUAACAUGUAACUGACGUGAAAGUUUGCUGGAAAAUUCUGGGCGUUAGGAAAACUAGAGUAUUAAGAGAGCGCUGGUACGUUAAAUUUGCAACGUAUGGCCGGAAGUGCGUCUAUUAUUUAAACAAAAAUUUCUACUGCAAACUGAUCUGUAUGUUCCAAUAUCGCAAUAUGAAGUAACGGAUUUCCUUUUUCUUUUGUUUAUUAUUUUUAAAUUUAAUUUUAUUCAACAUUUCAUUUAUGGACAGUAAGAAGUAAUAGUAAAAUUUAAGUUGAUGAUGAUAUUUGGAAAACGAAAAGUAGAGCUAACGAACAAGAUAGUGCAUAAAAUUGACGAUUGAAAAUGAAAUAUUCGACAGAAUUGUAAAUGUUAAGUACAAAUAGAUACAAAAACAAUAUUGGAAAUAGAAAUUGUCUCUGCAAAAUCAGCCAACCAAUUGACAAAUAAAUCCGAAAACCAAA